ACGGCACGCGGGCACAAUGAUUUGAGGCGUGACGAUACGCGAGCGUAACGGUCGGGCGUCGGCGCUAGGGGAAGUCAACGGCCGACGACUCCGGCAGCUGUACGGCUCGUCUUGGCGAGGAGGGAGAAAGAGGGGUAGAGCAUGCUUCUCCGUCCGGCCGCCUCUCGUCGCGUUUUUUAGUUUUACGACGACGUUGUGAUCGGUGAGGGCACGCUUCUCCGUCCGGCCGCACCUCGCCGCGUUUUUAAGUUUUACGACGACGUUGUGAUCGGUGAGCGUGGAAGGCUCUAUCCGGAGUAGGAGGAGGAGAAGGGUUCGGAUUGGUCGGCGCCGAUUCCAAAAGCUUGCCUGUUUUUAAUCAUUUAUCGCUCCUUUUUGUCGUCUCUGGCUGUGAUUGUCGAUCUUGUCUCCUGCGUUGAUGUCUGGUUUUUGUCUGUUUCUGCAGUUGAUCAGAGGAAAAUGGUGAUUGAGGCCGCUUAAACAUCGAUGCUAGAAAGAAAUGCUCGCCCGCGACUGAAUGAACGAGGAGUACUCUUUGUAGUUUAGGGUCACAUAAAUCCUGGUGUUGGAGCUCGAUCGCUGGGGUUUUUGUUGUAGGUUCGUCGGUCCUUGGCCGGAGGGAAGGGCAGUUUCUGGAGAUCGGUGAUAGAGAGUGGAUCUUUAGAUGGAGUGGAGGGAGAUUCGGCGAAGCGUGACGCUGUCGGAGCAAUUAUCCAUCAAUGAUUCAUCUAGUCUCGGAGACCUCCUAAAGCUACGGGAGGAGGAGGAGGCGACGCGCCUCUCCGGCCGCGAUUCGUUGACGCUGGAGUCGGUUAUCAGGUGCGAAAAGGGGGAAUAUUCUGCCGCCGGUGGUGGAGAUGACGCCAGCGGAAGGACGCUUCUCGGUGUCAUCCUACAGGAGCACGAGGCGAGUAGCGUGGCGGCGGAAGGGGACUCCAGUAACGGUGCCUCAUGGAAGACUUUGAGGGACCGCUUCCGCCUCCAAAGUGACGGCGCCGCCUCCCCUGGCCAGCUUCUCCCGAUCUCGAACCCCGACCCCGUCGACUCCCCUUCCCCCUCACUCUCCAACCUUAACUCAGAGCUCGCCGUCCCAGAACCCACUGUCGUGGCGGUAGAGGCCACAUCACAACCGGAAGUUCCCUCGGCCGAUUCGAGCGGUGCUGCGGUGUCGCCAAUCCCAGCUGCUGUGCCCGAGGAGGAGGCAGAGGAGCCGGCUAGAGUGUCCUUGAUGGCGUUACUGGAGCAAACCGACCGUCAAUGGAGCGGAAGCGAGAGGGAGAGGUUACCCAUGGCGGCAGCCGCGGUGGAGGCGGUGAUGGAGGCCGAGGCCGAGAGCGGCGGCGGGGUCAUGUCGUACAUGUGCUGCGUGUGCAUGGUGAGACACAAAGGAGCCGCAUUUAUUCCCUGCGGCCACACCUUCUGCCGCACCUGCUCCCGCGAGCUCUGGAUCAGCCGUGGCAGCUGCCCUCUCUGCAACCGCGAAAUCCUUGAGAUCCUCGACAUCUUCUAAGUUCUCAUGCCUCCUCCCAUUCUCCUGACUCCGGCCGCAGACACAACUCCGGCCAUCACUCCUUUUUACAGUAAUGUCUAAUAUGAUGUUGUCGUUCCCUUAGACGGUGCAGUGAUUAAGUCAUAGAUUUUAGAUCAAAACUUGAAGUGUCUUAGACUAAUAGCUACUCUUAAUUUACUUGCUCAAUACUAAUCUAGGGAUGAAUUGACAUGGUGCUAAGGGUGAAGGUGCAACAUAAUAUGAUGUUAUUGUAAGGGCAGGGUGUCACGAUUAAAGCCUUCCAUGAUAGAUCAGAAAUCUAAAUUUGACUCAACGAGUAAAUCUCAGAAUCUGACUGUCAGGAUAGAUAUGUACUUUCUUAUCUGACCUAUGGAAAACUUUACUAAGACAGAUCAUCUAGGUUCAACGCUUAAUUAUUUUUUUAAUUAUAUAUAUGUAAUGCCAUUUUGUCCGAAUUCUCGUUACUUUUCAUCUUCCCAGAUUAUUUCUGAUAAUGAUAAUUAGUUGCCUUCUUAGAAAACACAAUACUAAUUGAUUUACAAAUAUGCAAGAAAAUUAUGAUAAUAUCUUCCUCCUAUUUAAUGAACCACUAUUAAGAAAGAAAAAUAAAUACUUUACUUAUUCACCAACUGUCCUUCCAGAGAAAUAUAUAUAAAAUACAAUUUUCUCAACGCUUUUCUUUCUGUCGAAGGAAUUGCAUUGCAUUAUUUUUCUUUAAAUGCUAUAAGAGGGGCCGCUCCGAGUCGAACUCGGUGGUUCCUCGUCACCGAGUCAACUCACCUUCUCUUCGCUACACUUCGCUGCUGCUUGCCGGCAGGCCCACUGCGUUCCUCCAAGGGAAGAGGAAGACGACGAGGCGAGCGGAAGCAGAAAGGCGGCUCCUUUACGCCGUUGAGACGCUCUUCUUCCCUACUUGUUUAAUUUUUUUGAGUCGACGGCUCUCUCAAUGUCGGAAAACACUCUUAUUCCUAAAUUUGGGAAUUGGGAUAGAACUUUUCCUUAUUCUCAAUGUUUUGACGAUGUUCGCAAGGGUAGUAGAACUGAAAGGGAAAUGAUCAAUCCACACGACCCCUAUGACAAUCCCGAAGCAUUUUCCGCCAAUAUGUCACUCGCACAAUCACCUGCAACCGCAAGUUAUUCGGAGGCCACAAAGCUCAAGGAUGAGGUGCACAUAAAGAGAGAAGCUAAUCACCGCCACGAGGAUCAAAAGACAUCAGGCAAUCACCGUAGAAUGGCUAGUAGAGGGAGUGGUUCGUCUAACUACAAGAAUAGCCACUCACCACUUCACCAGAGUUGGUCAAGCAGUAGCAGUUCAUUUAUUUCAAAAUCUGCAAGGAGAUCAAGGACGAAUGGUAUCGAAGAUGAUAAUAAGAAGAUCAAGAGAGGCUCGAUCGUGCCUAAGUUUGGAGAUUGGGAUGUGAGCAAUCCUUCUUCAGCUGACGGUUUUACAGUUAUAUUUGACAAAGUGAGGGAAGAAAAACAAGCUGGAGCAACUACAAUUGCCAGUAUGUCUACUGAAACCACUCAUGUUGAUUGUAAUGGACAUGCACAAAAAUCCUCGGGCUAUUGGUGCUUCGGCUGGUGCAAGUGACUAUUUCAUUAUAAAAUUACGGGGCGUGAUCUUGUCUUUAUGUAUGCAUUGUUCUCAAGUUUUGUGUCAUUUUUGUAGCAAGUCAUACAUCUCGAUUUUGAAUUGCUGUGUUUUGGUUGGUGAACCAUCAAUAAGUCUAUAG